UUUCACCAAAAUGUCUUCAUUUGUAAGCCAACCUAGGCAAUUCCUCCGUUGUUAACUGUUAUUGCCCACGAGUACACUACGACGAUGGCUUCUAAAAUUUUUAAAGUAUUGGCUGUGAUUCCGCUACUGCAAUGUGCUUGUUACGGCCAGCUAAUCGACAUCGACAUCAAAAUCGACGACGGCUUGUGUUCGUCUUCGUCUCAAGACGUUGACGUACUGACGACUUUAUACACCAAUCUUACAUACGCACCGAUCACAGCCGAUGCGAAUACAGUGGCGACGGCACCGUUCUCGGGAUACGACGAACUCGUGGUGAUCAUCCCGGACUACCACGUGCCCUCUGACUCUGCUGAAAUCACUGGCCUCAGAAACGCGUUACUAAGAGCAAAUCGAUUCCUCAACAUCAUUGUGGCCGACAUACGUCCGGUGUUAAGCGCAUUGGUGGGAUUUGUCGGGGCUGUGGUCGAUGGAGUUCUACAGGUGGCCAAUGGUCUAUUGAGAUUACUUCGAAUCGUGAACGCCUCAAGAAAUGAGAUUAGGAAAACACGUGCCAUCGGCGUUGGAUUAGGAGCACAAAUAGCCGGAAAAUUAGGAAGUCUGCUUCUGCUCGAAGGACUAGUGUUUGAUAGAGUCACGGCUUUAAGCCCACAGGGACCUUUAUUCGAUGAACCUUUAAUAUCUACACAAGUAGGAACAUUUGUGGAAGUUUAUCAUUCAAAUUCUGGUGUCCUUGGACACGUGGCAUUACUUGGACACCUUGAUAUCAUACUAUCAGAUGGAAAACUUCAGCCCCACUGUCCUUCAGCUGCUUAUCCAAAUGCUAAUUUGUGUUCACUAAUACAUUCGCUGUUGUACUACACCCAAAUCCAGAACGGCCAGAGUGUGGUCGGUAAAAAGUGCAUUGAACUAGGCUUAAGCUUUCCGGAUCCAAUAAACAAUUGUCAACAGACGUACUCCUUAUUCGGACUUUUGGAUGUAGUGGUUAAAGCCGCCACUUGUGAAUUUGGCGGUGGCGAACUGGUCACUAUCGGACGGGGCAACGAUUUAUCACUUCCCAGUGGAUCUGUUGUCCAAGUCAGCGCAGACGUCCUAUUACGCCUAUUGUAAAAAAUUGGCUAAUCAGUUCAUGACUAUUUGUCCCCAAUACACUUUAUUGUCGUUAUUAGAUAUUAAGUCAAUUAUCUUGUUAUUAUAGUUAAAAAAUACAUUUUCUUUUAGAACAGCUUAAAA